CUAUGACGAGUCAGACGGGCGUCUCGGAGAGUUGAGGACGAGCUGGGAUUCGGACGGUGGCGAGUUACCGACCGCGUGCCUCCCAUGUGAAAGCGGAGGACAAGACAGCUCUGCUUCAAAAAUCGCAAGAUUCCGGUCUUCAGCUAUGCCUGUGGUCAAAGUGGAGAAAGACUCUGCGGCAGACUCGAACCCAGGGUCGCAGGCGGACGAGCAGCCGAGGGGCCGCAGGAGGAAGAGACCCCUGCAGCGAGGAAAGCCUCCUUACAGCUACAUCGCACUCAUCUCCAUGGCCAUCGCCAACUCCCCUGAGCGAAAGCUGACCUUGGGGGGCAUCUACAAGUUCAUCACCGAGCGCUUCCCCUUCUACCGGGACAAUUCCAAGAAGUGGCAGAACUCCAUCCGCCACAAUUUGACUCUGAACGACUGCUUCAUCAAGAUCCCGCGAGAGCCGGGCCGGCCGGGGAAGGGGAACUACUGGGCUUUGGACCCCAACGCAGAGGACAUGUUUGAGAGCGGGAGCUUCCUGAGGCGCAGGAAGAGGUUCAAGCGGUGCGACCUGAGCACCUACUCCUCCUACGUGCACGAGGCGCCGGUCUUCUCGCCGGUCCAGAUCGCCAGGUCAGCGGCUUACGCCAACUCAGUCUACCCCAACAUGACCGUGAGUCCCAGCUACGGUCAGCAGCUGCCCUCAGCCUACUACCCUUCUCCUUCCCCACCUGGGUUUGGACCCGGUCAGACUCGCAUGUUCAGCAUCAACAACAUCAUAGGACACCCGACUCCUAGCAUGCUGGGGGGUCAGGGGUCGGAGGUGCUGCAGCAGCCCACUAAGAGCUACAGUCCCGAAGGAUCAAGUCCGUGUAGUCUGGCGCCUGCUGGAUUUCAAAGCCAACCGUGCGGAGCUGCUGCACCUCCAAGAACCAGCGCAGGGUUCACCUACCCCACGGCCAACAACCACCCACACCAGCACCAUUUAUACGGACAGAACCAGGGCUACGGCAUGAGUGGGCGCCAUCACUGCUCGGGUCACGGCUCUGCAGAGGCAGUGGAGCAGUACGGCAGGGUGUCCCCCGUGCAGCUGGGAUCGUUCUCCCAGUACAACAGCGCCGCCGGCUCCAUCGCCAACACCGGCGGCUACCUCCGACACCCCACGUACCCCGGGAACAUGGAGCGAUUUGUCUCAGCCAUCUGAGGGAGAACAAGGGUUGGGACUCGGGAGACUGUCGCUCACCUCACCGUCGAAUACUUCCCGUCGAGUGUAAACCUUUAUUUAAAAUCCACAACAUGUGAGUUCAGGUUUGUUUGACUCAAACGCGCACAAGACUGUCGGACCUCCUUUGUCGUGGCGGGACGGAGCUCUGUUUGUGUGCACUUGGAAAUGCUUCAUAGGUUGAUACUUUGGAAAUAAACGGUUGUACAGUC